AUGUGUUUCAGGGUGGGGAAAAGGUUACGUAUCAUAAAGGAGUCACCGUGAACUGAAAGUUUCAGUGGUUUUCCAGCUGCUGAAACGGCGGAAUCCCCUAUUUACGAGUAUAUCAAAUUGGAGAGAACAGCUGAUCGCUUGAAUUAGCACCAUGCCCAAUUUAACAUUGGAACAUUCACCGAAUGCGGUGUUAAAUAAAGCAGUAUUACACAAAUACAUGGAAUUGCCCAUUCCCGAUGGAAUAUGCCAGGCAACUUACAUUUGGAUUGACGGAACCGGAGAAAAUGUUAGAGGAAAAACACGCACCUUGGAUUUUGUACCCACCAAACCUGAAGAUCUUCCGAUCUGGAACUACGAUGGUAGCUCAACAAAUCAAUCUGAAGGAUCAAAUUCCGACACAUAUCUGUACCCAGUGGCCAUUUACAACGACCCCUUCCUAAGGGGAAACAAUAAACUGGUCAUGUGUGAUACGUACAAAUACAACAAGAAACCCACCGAGACCAACCACAGGGUGAACUGUCUCCAAGCCAUGGAAGCCGCAAAAGACAGUAAACCGUGGUUCGGAAUCGAACAGGAGUACACUCUUCUGGACAUGGACAUGAGACCGUUGGGUUGGCCUAAAAACGGCUUUCCAGGUCCACAAGGUCCUUAUUAUUGUGGUGUCGGCGCUAACAAAGUCUACGCACGCGACAUUGUCGAAGCUCAUUACAGAGCUUGUUUAUACGCAGGAAUUAACAUUUCGGGCACGAAUGCCGAAGUCAUGCCUGCACAAUGGGAAUACCAAGUUGGCCCAUGCGAAGGAAUCUCGAUGGGCGACCAGCUCUGGGUGUCCAGAUACAUUUUGCACAGAGUCGCCGAAGAUUUCGGUGUGAUAGUGACCUUCGACCCUAAACCGAUGGAAGGUGAUUGGAACGGCGCCGGAGCUCACACCAACUUCUCCACCAAAGCGAUGAGGGAAGACGGAGGCAUCAUAGAAAUCGAAAAAGCCAUCGACAAACUCUCUAGGAACCACCUCAGGCACAUCCAAGCCUACGAUCCAAAAGGAGGAAAGGACAACGAAAGGAGGCUGACCGGAAGACACGAAACGUCCUCCAUUCAUGACUUCAGUGCCGGCGUUGCAAAUCGUGGAGCUAGCAUUCGCAUUCCCCGCGGUUGUGCAGAAGAAAAGAAGGGAUACUUGGAAGACAGAAGACCGUCGUCGAACUGUGACCCGUACGCGGUGACCGAUGUGAUCGUCAGAACUUGCAUCCUCAACGAAUAAACAGAUUAUAAUUUCUAUCAUUCUUUUUAACUGUUCUUUUAAUCAUAUAUAGCUAUAUUAUACUUUUCAUGCUAAAAUUUUUGUUAGAUGGAACGUAUAUUUUUGAAGAAGUUUUAUUCUUCGAACUGUGGUAUUUGUGUGGAGAUGUUUACUUUAAGCAUGGUAUUAAAUUCUUGUUUUUUUUUUCAUCACUCAAUAUUAAUUAAUACACUAUUUACUUUUUAUUACUUGUUAAAAGUGCAUAUAUUAGUUUAUAUAUAAGUUGAUUUUUUUAAAAUAAAACGACCCAUUUUAA